AUGCCUAAAUCAAAUAUAUUUGAAGAACUGAAACCUGCUGAAAUGAAAGAAUCUAAGGCAUCUGAUUAUUACCAGAAAUCACCCAAGGUAAAUCACGUAGAUAAAAUAAUUGAGAAAAAGGAAAAUGAAGGACUUACUGGAAAGAAACCCACCAAAGCUAAAGGAAAUGAAGUGUUUAGAAGGCCUUUUAAGAUCGCAGAAGAGAAAUCCAAACCUGAUAAUGAUGAAGCCAAAAAUGGUGAAACUGAUGAGAACAACAAUAGACUUGAGAUUGAAAAGGAUACAAGCCAGGAACCAACGAAUAAUCCACCUUCUAAACUUGAGAGGUUCAAAGCAGCAAAUUAUCGACUGCAUUAUGAGCUUGAACCACCUAACCUUCGAAUAAUCUGUGAAAGAUGGAUAAAUAAAGUGAGUAAGCACAGAAUGAUGUACAAAGAAGAAGUGAAAAAAGAAGUAUCAUACCUUCCUGAACUUGAGGCACCAAUGAACUGA